UUUACGAAUAAAUUACUAUAGUUAGUUGGCGAAUAGACAAGGAGUUGUAGACUACCACUAGUUGUUCUUCUGUCCAAUUUCUCGAUCCGAAUAGUACGUCAACGUUAAGCUGCUAAUUAGUAGGAUCAUCCUUUGAACCAGGCUUUGGAGAUACAGAGGUGACGGAAAAUCUUUUCCAGAUAUUAUGGGACAAGAAUUUCAAUCGUACCAUGCUGACACGGGAGUCUGGUGCACGUUUUUGUAGUAUUUUUCGAGCCUGCUUCAUUUAGUGGCAUUUUAGAGCCUUACCUUGUGUUGUUUUGCGGGAUUUUCAGUUGAGGGUGUUUUUGAUUUUAUAUAGUAUGGCCAGCGACAAGGAGACAUUGAAAUUGGAUGAUGAUCAGAUUACUGAGCUCCGCGAGAUAUUCAGGUCUUUUGACCGGAAUAAGGAUGGGAGCUUGACUCAACUUGAACUCGGCUCGUUGUUACGAUCACUUGGAUUGAAACCUAGUCCUGAUCAGCUGGAGACGUUGAUACAGAAAGCUGAUACGAAUAAUAAUGGCCUCAUCGAGUUUUCGGAGUUUGUGGGAUUGAUUGCGCCGCAGCUUUUGCCUGAGAAAUCUCCUUACACUGAGGAUCAAUUGAGGCAGUUGUUCAAGAUGUUUGAUCGAGAUGGAAACGGGUUUAUCACGGAGACUGAAUUAGCCAAUUCAAUGGCGAAGCUUGGUCAUCCAUUAACGGCGGAGGAGCUGACGGAGAUGAUCAAAGAAGCUGAUACUGAUGGAGAUGGAAGGAUCAGUUUUCAGGAGUUCUCGCAAGCCAUAACUUCGGCUGCUUUUGACAACUCUUGGAUUUGAAUGUGUUAAGCAUUUUUGUGUUUCAGCCUUUCAGGUAUGUAAUUGUGAUUUUCGGUAAAAUGAAAUCCUAUCUCUACUGAGAUCGUUUGGAUGUAUAGAAUGAUUUUUCCAACCAAAAAAACAGUCUUCUAGUAUUCUAAUUCCGAGUGGGAUAUUACUAGAUACUUUUUGUUUGUUUUUGGAUUGUAGCAAUCUGAACUGAGUCGAGAGAUUGUUCAGAAUCAAGCUUGAUGUGUUCUUGACACUGCAACAUAUUGUUUAUGUAUUGAAUUCUAUUAAUUUCAGUAUUCAAGAAUGUUUGAAGUUUAAAAUUUGAA